CAUAAUAAAUUAGAAAUCCUAAUUCUGUUUUCACCUCUUCUCUAUCGCUCGCAGCCUCCACGCCACUCUCUAACCUCUCAAGCCUCCACCAUUGCGAACCCUCAAUCGCCGGUUAUCUUUCUUCAAGUCCCCACACUCGCAGCAUUCGCCGGUCAUCUUUCUUCAAGCCCCCACCCUCGCAGCACUCGCCGGCCAUCUUUCUUCCCCAACCUCGCAUCAGUCGCCGCCGGUCAUAUUUCUUCUUCAAACCCUCGCAGCAGUCGCCGCUGAUCUCGAUUCUGGCACUUAACUAGGUGUGGUGCUCAACUCUGACUUGCAAAGCCUUUGCUUUUAUUACAAACAAGUGUUCCAAUAUUAUGAGAGAGAGAGAUAUGGUAAGCUCAAUACAAUUGAAAGAAUUGCUGGAGAAGAAGAAUAGCAAGAAGAUGGAGAAGACUAAUACUGAGCUAUUGGAAAAGGUAGAAAAGAUGACCAAGGAAGAAGAAGAAAGUAAAAGGAACAAAUUUAAGAAGAAGAAAAGAAAAGAUGAGGACAAAAACAUUGAUCUGAUUCACAAAUCUGAUUCUCUUGGCACUGAGGAAGAACAUGGCUUGGAUGAACAAUAUGCAGAACAAAUAAUUAAAGGAGAAGGAAAAAGUAAAAAGAACAAGCCAAAGAAGAAGAAAAGAAAAAAUGAAGUGAAAAACAUUGCUCUGAUUAAUAACUCUGAUCCAUUUGGGACUGAGGAUGAGGAUGUCAUGGAUGUUCAGCAUGGUAAAUCCAAGAAAUUAAAGAAAAAGAAAAAGGAACACAACACAUCAAAGGAGGGUGACAAUAUACUGGAAAAGAGACAAGAGCCUGUUAAUGAUGAGGUUUAUCAAAUUUCUUCAGGAGAAGAGGACUGCUCAAAAGGAAUGAAAAAAUGGAUUACGGAAUACCAUCAGAGUAGAACAGGUCUGAAGGUGCUGCAACAAAGGAUAGAUGAGUUUAUAGUUACUCAUGAGGAGAAACUUGAACAGGAAAGAAAAGAAAGAGAAGCCCGUGCUGCAGAAGAUGGGUGGACAGUUGUUGUACAUCAUAAAGGAAGAAAGAAGACAACAGAUUCUGAAAGUGGAGUUACUGUGGGUUCUGUUGCCCCAGUUGUUGCAGAGAACCAACUGGCCAAGAAGAAGCGUAAAGAAAUUGUUGGGCUAGACUUCUAUAGGUUUCAAAAGAGAGAAGCUCAAAGGAACGAAAUCUUGGCACUCCAGAGCAAAUUCGAGCAGGAUCGGAAGCGGAUUCAACAAUUGAGAGCUGCUAGAAAGUUUAAGCCAUACUGAGUGCCUGCAAAAUCCAUGCAAAGAAUGACCCUGAGCGAUAGCUUCUAUGGUAUCAUCUUAAUUUUGCAAUGUCAGAAAGACGGCUAAUUCCGUAGGAUUUGCUACUUCUCUCACUAUUUCUCACUACUCAAUUUAUUGGGAAAAUUAGAAAUUUAUUCAUAGGUCCUGAGAACUAUUAGCAAGAAUGUACAAUUUUGAGAACAUUAACUGAGAUGGUACAUAAGAGUGAUUUUAAGGCUUUGGUUAAUCCUAGCAGAAUGAUGCUUUUCUA